UUCCCUACAUUCUCAAAUGUUAAGGCAAAACUCUUCGCCUUUUUAUUUUUGGGUGGAUACAAAGUUGAGCAAAGAAUUAAUAAAAUUCUCUCAUCACUUUUUUCUCUCAAUUCUCUCACUCACUUCUCUUGUCUUUACGAGUCCCAAAGAUCAAUCUCUUAACACAAACAAAUACAAAUACUAGUAAGUUGUUGCUGAGUUGAUGAGAAUAUAGAUCCUCAUAUAAUCACUGAUCAGUGAUUAUUGAUUCCUGUGUUUGUGAGUGACAUCACAAUCACAUGGACCUGUCCUGGUGGUUCCGACGCACAACCAAAAGUAGCACCCAACACAACCCCAAUCCCAAUCCCAAUCCCAAUCCCCCAAAACCCCAAGAUGAAGAACAACUUGGAAUCACGGAGCAACUCAUUGAUUUCGUCAAAUCUUUCACUUUCGACACCUUCAAGAAUUUCCCUCUCCAAGAUGACGAUGACGAUGGUGGUAGUGAAACCGUGAUGACAACAAGUAGUAGGGGCAAUGUCCGUAAUGAUCUUUCAGAGUGGCAACAAAGUCAUGCUACUCUUGUGCUCUCCAAAAUUAAGGAAAUUUCCAAACUUCGAUAUAUGCUUUGCCCUCGUCACUUGAAGGAAAGACAGUUUUGGAGAAUAUAUUUUAAGCUUGUCAAAAGCCACAUAGCUGAAUAUGAGCUGUGCGCAAUUCAACUAGAAAAACUGAAAACAAUGGCAACAGAGAAUGAGAAAUCUUCUGAUAUCAGUCCAUAUGAAGUUGAAAUGGCUGAGACAAAGCAUACAGAGCACAUAUCGCCCCCCAGUCCAUAGGUAUUUCAUUUAGAGGGAUGGAGCAGGUAAUCUCUGUUUUACUAUGAAGGAUUGCCAUUGGCAUUUCUUGCACAUAAUAUGAUGACGUGCUUAAAGGUUACUUGCUUUAGGUAUGUCGUGCUUACCUUGCUGGCUUAUUUGAUGUUGACUUCUCACUAGAUGAUUUGGCUGUAACUGGAUGGGACCUUGUAAAGAUUUUAAAUUGCAACACUUUUCGAUCUUGAAGGACAUCUUGAAGAUGGCUUUUAUGGGUUGUCCUGACUACAUUACAUUACUAUUACUUUGUAAGUUCUGAAAGAUUUCAUCAGAUUUAGCCUACCCCCAAAUUUUGGGACUAACUUUUGGUUGUUAUAACAUUCAUUUUUUUUUUUUAAGCAUUUUUUUACUAGGAUAUAUAAACUGUAGUACACAUCUCUUCUUUCCUUGCUUCUAAACGUGGAAGCAUUGUUAAGGAUCUCACAUAGCCAACAUGAGCUGAACUUACUAACGAAGCUGUCACAGAUCAAGUGAUGACCAAGUGAUGCAUUAGCCUGGCAUACACAUGCAUGCAAGUGUAAGCUGUGUGUGUGUUUGACUUGUGCAAUCAGGUGUAGCCUAAGAAAAGCACAUAUGACAUGUGACUUUGUAAUUGAGCAUGUGUGAUAAUUGUAGUAGAAGUCAGUUUUGCUGAGCUGGAAGUUAGUUAAUCAAUCUUGAGCCUCUCUUGACUUUGUCUUGUAAAGAGCUUAAUAGCUUGACCAUAACUACUGAUUUGUACUUGUAAGUUGAAUUCAUGAAUUUUUAGGCAUAGUUCAGUCUUUUC